AUGGAUUUAUUACUGACCAACCCAAGGUUUAACACCAAUAACCUAAUGCCACAAGGCCUUAUUGAUGUUCUGAAAAGUGGAUUCAAUCUCAACGAUUUGCCCUACGAUCUUCUCACUGAAAAACAGGAAAGUUCUUCUUCCUCUUCACCAGAAAAUAAUGCUUCUUCUCCAUCUACACCUCCAACAUUCCCUUCAAUGCCUGUUGCGAGCUCUGAGGUGCCCUACGAUGAGACGACUGCCAACACCGACGCUCUCAAGGAUAAGCUACGACAUGUGCUCAGAGACAUAAUUCCACACAAAUCCACCUUGCAAAUCCAAGUACUAGUUGCUUAUACUGUUGAUGACAGCAAGAAGGAUGUUAUUUCAAUCAAUGAAACCUACCAUCAGACGAAACACGAUCAAACGACAACUACAGUAGCUAACAAUGUUCUUGAUCUUUCACAAAAGUCAGACGAAGAGUCCUCGAAAUCUUCUGUAUCAGGAAAUGAACUUGGUGAUUUGUUGUCAGCUCCAUCAGUAUCAAUUGGGAACCUUUUUCCUAAUCAUUCGGCACCUCUUGGCCUUCCCUCUCAAACUUCCAAUCCCCUCCAUUUGAAUCAAGACAGUAUGAUUCAGUUGUUGCGAGCCUUUUUAACUAGCACUAAUACCCCUAUUGUAAAUCCACUUCAAUCCACAGUCAAUCCAUUUAAUUUUUCGUUACCAAUCAAUCUUCCACCUCUUCCUACGUCCACCACCAACUCUAUGGACAUGAAAACGUUCACUGAAGUUGCUCCCAAUGUCACCAUCACAAACUGUGAUAGCAUUCCAUCAAACACCCAAGUUGGAUGCCCCAACAAGACUACGAAUACAAAUGAUAGUGGAAGUAGGGGUUCUUCUCCACUUUCCAAUGAAGGCUCAUAUACUUCACCGCUAUCUACUUCCCGACCACUUACAAAGGUGCCAAGUCAGGCUUUAUUCAGUAGGCGUUAUGUUCACCCCCGACGCUUCAUUUGCAACCAGUGCAGGGACCAGUUUUCAUCUCUUACUGAACUGACUCGGCACACUCUGGAGGUUCACAAUUCAUUCCGGUGUAAUUAUUGCAAUGCAAAGUUUACUCAAAGGUCUAACCUCCAAAGACACUCUCUGAAACACGUUGGGUUCAAGCCCUUCACUUGCAAUAUCUGUAACAAAGAGUACUAUAGGAAGGAUCAUCUUGUUAGACAUAUUGAAGUGACGCAUCCCGAUGUCGAUCCUCGCUUGAACAUCACCACUCGUCUCAGUUCUUCAGAGUGUCUUGAAUUUCUUGACAACUUGCAUCUGAUAGGAAAUUCGGACUUAAGAUUCGAGGAUGGUAAUAAUAGUGCCCGAUCUUCUCUAAAUGGAACGAAUCAGGGUUCAGUAAACUCUCCCGCAAAAUCUGAUGAAGGAUUAAUCAUGCCCAGUGAAGGUCCUCCACUAACACCAGUUGCUCAGGAAGGUACAGACUAUUCAAUCGAUCCCACUGUUGAACAAUCUUCUUUUCAACCAAUGGAAAAUUGA